AUGGCCGGCAGGGACCCCCGCGCUGCCCGGAGCCGGCCCCGCGCUCUGCCGCCCGUUCUCCUCCCUCGGCGAUGCCGGAGCAGACGUCACCGGCUCCAAACCGUGUUCAGCGGCUGGCGCUGCCCGGAGCCCCCCCGCCCGCCCCCGCGCUCCCGCUCGGGCCGCAGCGCUGCCCCGGAGCCCCCCGCCCUGAGCCCCGGGGGGACCCUGCGCCGAGCCCCCGGGGGGACCCCCGCACCCCGGCCCCUCGGGCUGGCCGUGAUGCAAGAGCAUCCUGAUGGGAAGCCAUGGCAACGGGAACGGGAAUUUUCCUGCCGCUGUACCGGGGUGGGGAACGAGUCCCCUGGGUCGCGGACGGAGCUUCGUCUCCGGGUGUCCCCGCUGCCCCCCGAUCCCACCCUCCGUGCCCCCCAAAUCCCGCUCGUGGGUGCCGGGGCUCGGAGCCGGGGCCGCCCGCGGGUGUCGGGGCCGUCGGUGGGCGCGGGGGCUCGGAGCGCAUCCCGGCACUCGGAGCGCAUCCCGGUGCUCGGAGCGCAUCCCGGGCGGCGGCGGCGGCCGGUGCCGGUGCAUGUCCCGGUGGCCGUCCCGGUGCCGGUGCCCGCGGGCCAUGCGGCGGCCGUAGCCAUGCAGCGCGACGGGGAUGCGGCGGCGGCGGCCGCGGCCUCGUACCGGGUGCUCAGCCGGCUGCUGGGCUAUGGCCCCGGGCCGGAGGCGGGCGCGGCGGGCGGUGCCGGUGCCGGUGCCGGCGCGGCGGGCGCGGUGCCCGGCGCGGGCGGGCGGCUGUCGGUGCCCGGCGGGCCGCGGCCGCAGCUGAUGGUUUUCCGCAACGCGGCGGCCGAGGGGCGGCCCGGCGAGGACGGCGGCCCGGCGGCGGCGGCGGCGGCGGUGGCGGGGGGGGUCCCCGGGGGCGGCGGGGCCGAGCUGUGCCCGCGGCACCGCUGCGCGCUGGAGCCCAAGGCGGCGGCGGCGGCGGCGGUGUCGGGCUGGGGGGCGGCGCAGGGGGGGCUGGAGCUGCAGCUGGCGGCGCUGGGGCUGCGGCCGCCGCCGGGGCUGGGGGCGAAGGGGGCGGCGGCGGCGGGACCCCCCUGCCCGUGCCUGGGGCCGCCCGCCGGGGAGGAGACGAGCGAUGCGCUGCUGGUGCUGGAGGCGCUGGAGCCCGACGAGGCGGGCAGCGGCUCCGAGGACGAGCCGGGGUCCCCCGGGCGCGGGGCCGCCCGCAGAGCAGCCCCCGGCCCCGCACCGCAGCCCGCAGCCCCCGCGGGCACCGCCACCGGCCCCGGCGGCAGGAAGGGCUCGCUCAGGAUCCGCCUCAGCCGCCUCUUCCGCACCAAGAGCUGCAGCGGGGGCUCGGCCGCCGGGGAUGCCGCCAGCGCCGCCGCCACCUCGGCCGGGAGCCUCACCGACGUGUGCGGGGCCCGCGGACGGGAGCAGGAGACGGGCAGGAAACACAGACUGACAAGAACUCAAAGUGCCUUUUCCCCGGUCGUGUUCAGCCCCCUCUUCACAGGUGAAACGGUGUCACUGGUGGACGUGGACAUCUCCCAGCGAGGACUGACCUCCCCCCACCCUCCGACUCCUCCCCCUCCCCCCCGGAGGAGCCUCAGCCUGCUCGAUGAUAUCAGUGGGACGCUGCCUCCAUCUGUCCUAGUGGGUCCAAUGGGCUCUUCCCUGCAGUCUUUCCCUCUGCCUCCGCCUCCUCCGCCCCACGCCCCAGACGCCUUUCCCAGGAUCGUCCCGGUGCGGCCUCCGGAGGGGGGGGUGGCCCAGCCCAUCCCACACCUGCAGUGUCCCCUCUCCCGACCCGAUUCCAGCAGCUUCGCCGCCAGCCUGAGGGAGCUGGAGAAGUGUGGGUGGUACUGGGGCCCCAUGAACUGGGAGGACGCCGAGAUGAAGCUGAAGGGGAAACCCGACGGGUCCUUCCUGGUGCGGGACAGCUCCGACCCCCGGUACAUCCUGAGCCUGAGCUUCAGGUCCCAGGGCAUCACCCACCACACCAGGAUGGAGCACUACAGAGGGACCUUCAGCCUGUGGUGCCACCCCAAGUUCGAGGACCGCUGCCAGUCGGUGGUGGAGUUCAUCAAGAGGGCCAUCAUGCACUCCAAAAACGGGAAGUUCCUCUACUUCCUGCGCUCCAGGGUCCCAGGUCUCCCUCCAACGCCCGUCCAGCUCCUGUAUCCCGUCUCCAGGUUCAGCAACGUCAAAUCCCUUCAGCACCUUUGCCGCUUUCGGAUCCGGCAGCUGGUCCGGAUCGACCACAUUCCCGAGCUCCCGCUGCCCAAGUGA